AUGCCAGCAGCAAUACAUGGCAAAGGGUCCAGCGGCCCUAGCGUCUCUAGCGGCCCCAGUAUGCAAGAGCUCAAGCUGAUGGACAAACUUUUCGACAAGGAGGUUGCGGAUGCCCCAGACCUGCUCACCCAGCUGUGUAGUGAAUACUUCCAAGAAAGCACGGAGGCGGCGCAUGUGUCGAGCGGAUCGGAAUGUUCUUGGCACGAGGAGCAAGCUGCGCCCAUCGCGCGGUUGGAUGUGGGAGGCUUACUAAGCACAGUUCCCAUUCCACAGGGACAGCUUAUGACAAUGGCCACAAUGAUGUCCAUGGCUCCCAUUCAGCAAUCAAAAGCAGCUACAACAUUGCAGCUGCAGAGCCUGCUUCAGCCUUCAUCCCCCGCAAUCGGAUCACGCACCUUGCAGCUUUCGCGACACAUUAUGAAGCCACACCGGGCAGUCAUGCCUUCAGUGCAGGGCGCAGACCUCUGUGAACUUCCUGUGGGUUCAGAGCAGAACGAGACGUUGGCGAUCGCCGAAGAGACUGCGGAAGCAGCGCCGGCGUUUGUCCCCCAGCAACACAUGACGUCAACGGAGAGCACUGCAGCGUGGCCGUCGCACGACAUCAACCAGACGGUGCAGCCCAACGACACAUGUAGGUCUACCAGGAGCAAACGGCGGGGUACAGGUCCCACUAUACACGGCAACUUCCGCUCGAAUGACACCACGCUCAUCAUGCACAAUUUGCCCGUGGACUACAGCCAUGGGAAGACGCAAGGGUUGCUGGACGGCCUUGGAUUUCGUGACAGGUAUGAUGUGGUGAUCUGGUUCGCACGGAAGCUAUCGGGGGCACGACAGCUCUCGCAUGCCAUUGUGAACUUUAAGACUCCACGUGACUGUGAAUCCUUCCGUCAGCGCCUCAAAGACUGUUGCAUCAACCCGUCGGGAGAUCAAGAGCUGGCCCUAUCCGUGGCCGAGUCAUCCACGAGAGGCUUCCGCGAGCUGUUUCUGAGGACACAGCAAAAGACCUCUGUGGCCGGCCCUUACUUCGACCGAGAGGCUCUUGAGACGAUGUCUUCGGAAGACUUCCGGAUAGCGCAGAAGGCCGUCAGCCUUGAGAGCUGCAGCGCCACAACCUUGGUGAUCCGGAACCUCCCGGAUCGCAUAACCAACCAGGAAGAUGCCCUGCAGUGGUUGCAGAAAAUCGGUGACUUGAGGGGCUACGACUUCUUUCUUUUCUUCCCGGCGAAGAGCACCAUGAAGUCCAACAGCAUGGCUUAUGCCUUUGUGAACUUCUGCGCAACAAGUCGGAUGGAGGCAUGCCUUAAAAGUCUGCAGGGGUACAACGUCCAGGACAGCGAUCCCUUGAAUGUGGUAGUGGCCAAGAAUGUGCAAGGUAUGGAUGCUUGCAUCAGCUACUUCCAGUGCAUCAGUGACCAGGGCCGUCUGUAUCCCAUCAUCCGGAGCUACAAGAAGGCCUCGACCGAAGUGCCGCGCUCUGUAGGCUACCAGUGA